AUGCGAUGUGCUCUUCAAAUAUCUGUGAUCUACUAUCUCAUUAUUCCCAUUCGAUUAUUCUCGGAACAAAAUUUCGACUUUGAAGUUCCAGAAGAUGCUCCGGAAGGUACAUUGAUCGGCAAAAUUACAUUAGAAUCAAACCUCACUUAUCGACUAAGUGGUCAUCACCAGUUUGUAUCGGUGGAUAUUAAAACUGGCGAAGUUCAUAUUUCUGCACCAUUGAAUCGGGAGGCAAUAUCACCCAAUGGAACAAUUAUUUUAAUUUUAACUGCCGAACUGACUACAAUCAUUGCAGUUCGAAUCAAUGUGCUCGAUAUUAAUGAUAACAGUCCUAUGUUCCCCUCAAAAUAUGUGAAUGUUUCAAUUGUUGAAUCAGCGGUUAUUGGUAGUCGAAUACGGUUACAACCAGCAAACGAUCCCGAUUUAGCUGAAAAUGGCACAAUUGUAAAUUAUGUCCUUAAAGGUGGAGAAGAAUUUUUCACAUUAGUACGAUCUUCAAAUAGUACUGGUGGAGAUAUCUUACUACUUGAACUAUUAGCAAAAUUAGAUCGUGAAACGAAGGAUCUAUUCAUUCUCAAUAUUUCUGCAUAUGAUGGAGGCAAUCCACCUCGCUCAGGUUAUUGCACAGUUUAUGUGAAUGUAUUAGAUGCAAAUGACAAUCCACCAAAAUUUCAUCAACCACGUUACGAUGUUCAACUGAAUGGAUCGAUAUUAUCUGAUGUAACAAUAUUACGAGUUGAAGCUACCGAUGCAGAUGUUGGUGAUAACGGUCGUAUUAGCUAUAAUCUUACAACCAAUCCUUCCCAAUAUUUCCAGAUUGAUCAUAGGACAGGUGUAAUAACUGUUCAGUAUUCAGCAUUGAACUGCUCAGAAGAUGGAUGUCUUCCUGACUGCUCAGGAAUGUGUGUUUUGAUGGUGGAAGCAGAAGAUCAAGGUGAACCAAAAUUAAUUGGUCGUACUUUGGUUUAUAUACAUCUCACAGAUACCAAUUUACAUGAUCCCGAAAUUAAUUUUAGGAUUUAUCCGACUGGUUCAGAAUUUGCAUCGAUAAGUUCAGAAACAACUAUAGGCUCAACAGUUGCUGUGAUAACGGCAAAUGAUCGUGAUUAUGGACAAAAUGUUCAGAUAUCUAUAAUUAAUGGCAACGAUGAAAAUUAUUUUCGAUUAGAAAGUGGCAAAAAUUACGCUAUUUUACGACAAAACCGAUUAGUGGAUAAGCCGAUCGAGCAAUUCUUGCUGAAAUUUUAUGCAACAGAUGAUGGAGUGCCACCACGUUCUUUGGAGCGUGAUCUGAAGGUUUAUGUUAUGAAAUUAAAUGAUACCGCUCCAGUACUUGAAGAAAAAUUCAAAAAAGUUAGUAUUUUUGAAAAUUCACCAGUUGGAUCAUUUGUUGCGGCGGUUCGAGCUUCUUCUGCUGGGGAAGAUUUACAUUUUUCGAUUAUUGAGGAUGGCAAAAAUGAUGAUCUUUUUUUGGUUGGCAAAAAUACAGGUAUCGUAACGCUUUCCAAAACAUGGCCAAAUCAUACAAAAUGGAAUUAUGAAUUUGAAAUAAUAGUACGAAAAGCAGUGCCCAGUGAUAAAUUUUCAAUCUGCACAAUUGAAGUAGCAAUUAUCGAUGUGAAUGAUCAUAAACCGCAAUUUUCCUCUCCUUUUUACGAGAUUGAAGUAUCGGAAGAUACUCCACCACUCACCGUCAUCUUCAAAAUAUUUGCAACUGAUGAGGAUCAUGGAAUUAACAGUGCUAUUUCAUAUAGCAUGGAAGACUCUCAAAUAUUUAUGGUAAAAGAAUCUUCUGGAGAAAUAUUACUACGUUCAAAGCUUGACCGAGAAAUCAAAAACGAACAUAAAAUUACUGUUACCGCUACCGAUCAUGGAAAUCCACCGCGAAGUUCCUCAGUCUUUCUUAUCAUUAACGUCCUAGAUGUAAACGACAAUGAUCCAUAUUUUGCACAGCUUGAGUACCAUAGUUACAUUGUACGAGGUGAUCCAUCUGGCACCCAUCUCAUACAGCUAAAGGCAUUUGAUAAUGAUAGUCCAAAAUUUGCGCAAAUAUCAUAUUUAUUUUAUUAUUCUGUUCCAAAUUUCUUGGCAUUAGAUCAUAAAACUGGAAAAAUACAUCUGGCUACACAUGCUGAUUCACUUAGUUUUAAACGAAAAUUAGAAGUUAUUGUGGGAGCAAAAGAUAACGGCGGUCGUUUAUCACGUAACAAUGCUACUGUACAUAUAUGGCUGCUGGAUAGUAUGCUUCAAGUGCCGAAAUUCAGCAAAACGAAUAACUGGUCCAUUGAAAUCAGCGAGAAUUCAUCACCAGAAAAAAUCUUAGCUGUAUUUUCUGUGUACCCAUCACUUAAAAAUGUUCGUUAUCGUAUCAAUACCACUGAUUUGCUAAUCAAUGAACUGACGGGUGAAGUACGAGCUCGUCGUUCGUUUGAUCGUGAAGUGGAGCCUAAAAUUGGUUUCACAGUUUAUGCGGAUGGUGAAUGGUCAACUGGAAUGCAUGAAGGAACACUGAAUAUUCUUGAUCAGAAUGAUAAUUCUCCGAUCUUUGAACUUAAUGGAACAGCUCAGUUCGUUACUGAUUCUCGUUGGAUAGGAAUUGGUGCAGAAUUGUUUCGAUUACGAUGUUAUGAUGCAGAUGAUGGUCACAACGGUCAUAUCACAUACACUGUCAACAGUAGCUUUUUCGGUAUUGAUUCAAACACGGGCAUUGUACAACUGAUGAAAUUUCCUAAUGGCUUGAAUCAAAUGCAAUUUCAUGUGACAGCAACUGAUGGCGGUGAACAACCAAGGCAUAGUACAAUUAAAGUUGUGGUAGAAAUUAAAGAAGAUGAAGCAAUCUAUUCAUUUCCUCCAGUAAUUACAUUGUCAAUACCAGAAAAUAUACCUUUGGGAACAAUUAUAACUGGUUUAUCACCCAAAAAUAUAACCCAACGUUUUGAAUUUCAAACAUUCAAAGUUACGGAAAACUUUCCGAUUCAAAUUCUUCCAUCCGGUGAAGUUUUCGUUGCAUCAAAGAUCGACCAUGAAAUUAUAAAUUAUCUAUCAAUUUCUGUUGCUGCUUUCAAUUUAGACAAAAAUUCAAUUCCAAACAAGCACGAAUUCCUACUUCAGCUCUAUGUAGAGGAUAGUAAUGAUAAUUCACCGCAAUGUCCCGAGAAUAAUAAAUUCAUUAUUCUUGAAAAUAACAUUCCUGGUGCAAUUGUGGGACUUUUUAAUGGAAUUGACAAUGACAGCGGUCCAAAUGGAACAUUAUUUUAUGAACUGACAAAUGAUAGCAAGGAAAUAUUCAGCAUUGAUCCACAUACUGGAAUUAUUCGAGCAUUAUUGGUAUUGGAUUUUGAACUGGCUCAGUUUCAUAAUUUAACCGUAACUGUUACGGAUGGAGGAUCCUUGAAAACAAAAUGUGCGGUGAUGAUUGAAGUAGAAGAUUCAAAUGAUAACACACCGCACUGGGAACAGGAAUUUUAUCAUUUCUUUACUUCACCAAGUGCAAACGAUAGUUUUGUCGGUAAAGUAUUGGCACGAGAUUUGGAUUCAACACUAAAUGGCGAAGUAAGAUAUAAACUGCAGCAGAAAUGGGUUCCAUUUAAGAUCAAUGAAAACACUGGUAAUAUCACACGGGUCAAUCCUCUAAUACCAAAUCACAUCUAUAAUAUCACCGUGAUAGCGAUAGACAAAGGCAUUCCGCCACUUUCUAGUGCCGCAUUCGUUUUCAUUCACAGUGACAAAGAAAAAAAUUGUACACCUAAUUUUACAAAUUAUCCGAAAACUGACAUUGAAAUUGAUGAUAGUUUGCUUGGACAAAUAAUUACUCAAAUACAUGCCGUCGCAUGCGAAGCAGAAAUAUUGUAUUCAUUAAGUUAUGGUAACUUAAUUAAUCACACUCAUAGCAAUCUCGAAUUAUUUUGGAUUGAUUCUAUUGAUGGAAGCAUAUUUUUAACGAAACGUCUGAAUGCAUAUGUUGGAGAACGAAUUGAUUUAAUAAUUAAAGCUGAAACGAUAUCAUCUUCUAACAAUGUAACUUUUGGAGUUAUGGUAGUGAAUAAAAGAAAUGGAAGUUCUGACACAAAUACAAUUACAGUUCAUGUUAAGGAAAACAACAAUGUUGAUGAAAUAUGUGGCAAAAUUGAAACAUUGGGGAAAGAUUUGCAAUUGUUACGCCAAAUACCGCCCGGGAAAGCAUUUCGUCUCCAAGAACAGAAUUUAAUUUGUGUGGAAGUGUUGGAUCGUGAACAAGUCAACUUUUACCGUCUAGUUGUUGCUGAAGGUUAUGGUUUGAAGAGAAGGGUUAUUUCGAUUCAAGUGGAUGAUGAAAAUGAUAAUUCGCCAGAAUGCUUGGGAACCAAAGCAAUAUUAGUUGGGUCUGAGUCAUCGUUCGUUCCAUGGAAUUGUUCAGACAAGGAUGCUGGUUUAAAUGGAACAAUUGGUUAUAAAAUUAUGAGAAGUGAAGAAAUCAUUUCGAGCAUGAACGAUAAUGGUUUCAUAGUUAGGCCCUUCACAGGUGAUCCGAAAUACUUUUCCGUAUUGGUUUACGAUCGAAACACUAAUAAUGGAUUUGAAGAUGAUAAAUUGCGCAGAGCCACUGAGCUUCAUUACAUUUUGAUCUCAAAUAAUCCAAGAUUAGAAGCACCAAUCGAAUUCAAGAAGCAGUAUCGGCUUAAUCGAAAUAUUCAACCUGGCACGAUGUUUGGUACUGUAACAGCGAAAACUGGUGCUGCAGUUGAAUAUUUUAUUACUUCAUUUAAAAAUGAAAAGCAUAUGAAUAGCAUGCAAUGGGCUGAUAUUGAUCAUCAAACUGGACAGUUGCGCAUUAACCGGGAACCGGAUGGUCAUCUGGUGAAUAUGGGAAUCACUCUAUUGUCAGAAAGAUUCACUAAGACGAUUACAGUAGGAUGCAGUUUGUUGAUAUUGUCAUUUGAUGUGUUUGUUCUCCAAUUGUAUAUGAGCACAUCUGAUGACGACUGA